CUCAAUGCUGCCUCAACGGAAACUUCAAACGGUAUCACAGUAUAUCCCCCCAACACUUCUGCAGAAAAACGCUACAUCGUGUCUGCAUUGAAAGGUGCAGCAAGAGAGAAACAGAAGGGUUAAUCGUGUAUUGGUUUAUACUUAAUUCUACGAGACAUGUAACGAACAAUAGUGGCAAGAUUACAAUGCAAGACGAUAUUUUUCCGGCAGCAGAGAAAAUUCUUUCCGACAUCGAAAAUGUGGUGAAGAAGAAUCCGUCACUGAAGAGCUUCGAAAUAGUUCCCGCGGAAGAUAAUGAAAAUAAAUCACCAGUAUUUCAUCAGGAGGACUCUCUUGGAUUGGCCUCGUGGUGCGUACAACCACUUUGUUGCUACGCUUAUCGCCGACUCUUUGAACUUCGUCAGAACAAACACAGGCGCGAGGAGCCUAGCACAAUAGCAAGAUGGUUACUGGGCGCUCUGCUAUUAAAUCCGGAUGUCACGACGUUUUGGAAUAUGCGACGGGAGUUAGUGAGAAGCCACAAAUUAGAGGUGUCGGAGGAAUUUGCUUUCUCACGAUUGGUGCUCUACCAUAAGCCGAAAUGCUUCGACGCGUUCGCCUACCGGCAGUGGUUAUUGUUGUACGUACUAAACGCCAAAGACAGCCGUUACGAUUUCGAAUCGGCGGAGUCGCCUCUAUGCACGGAAUUGAACUUGGUGACGACCUGCGCGGACAGGUACGCGAACAACUACAACGCGUGGAGUCACCGGCGGCACGUGAUGGCUCUCCGAGAGUCGCGAGGCUUCGCUUAUCCUAAUUUCGAAAACGAGUGGAAGAACACGCUUGCGUGGUGUCAGAGACACGUAUCGGAUUACAGCGGACUUUCCUAUCGACAAUUCUUGUUGCAGAAGUACAUGUUCGAGUUCAAAGAACUACCUAGAGAGUCGUUGAUAAAGUGUCCGGCGAUCACCGAGCAAUGUAGGGAGGAACUGUUCGCGUACAUUAAAUCUAACAUCGGUGACGCGCAUAAAUUACAGCGGCUGUUCAACGUUAUGGAGACAGAAUAUAAAGCGAGUUCCACGAGUGCGGAACAACAAGCGUACUUUCGUACUCUGUCUUACUGGGCGGAGGAAUGCCGCGCGAACGAGAGCGCUAUUUGCAUGUAUAACGACUACGAGGCUCUCUGGUGUCACCGUAGGUUCCUGGCGUGUGUUCUCGUGCGUUUCAUCGCGAUGUAUAUAAAGCAUUCCUGCCGAACGGACGACGAGAGUGCCGAGGAAUCGGUCCAGGCGGCGGACGUUCAAAACAAGUUAGCCGCGAUAGAAGACGAUGCGAUGUUGUGCCAUGAUUUUCUUGUGGAGGCGUUUUGCGCGCGGACCGAGAAGCUCGGCGAGCUCGCGACCAAACGAGACCAACACGAAAAGAUGCUCGUCGAGAGAUUCUUCAAGUUUCUUCGAAAUAUCGGGUUCGGGAUCAGGUGUUCAUCCUGUUAGCCGUUGAAAUUGUACUUUUAAAUAAAUGACGAUGCGCGCGUAUUCAGCUGUAUAAUCCUACUUGUAUCGGGCAUAGAUCGAGUGUCAUUAACAACGGGCGUUAUCCAAGUUUUGCCCCUCCGACUUUCAUGAAACGUAUACCGUGUAAUGUGUAAAGCUCGACAAAGUACUCGACAGAUACUAUUAUUUCUAAAAAAGAAAAGGUCUCAACGCGCAUGACACGAACGCGCGAAGCGUUUGUUAUAAUAUUUAUCACAAAGUUUGACGUUAGAGAUUGCAGCUUGCUCGUAUUUGAUUCGUAUCUAGAUUGGUAGACGAUUACGAGGAUAAACGAAGGUGUUCCGCGGUAACCAGAUCACAAUUGAAAUGCACGCGAACGCGAAUGGCAGCCGUUAAUGCUCGUGCAUGUCGAAUAUUUUUCCGACAUUCGUGUUACAUGUUAGUUUCAUGGCGAUCCGAGGGGACCAUUUGGCUAGCACUCCUUGCAAGUAAGAAUCACGCAAUAAGUCUUACUCUGUACUCCACACAGGUGUUAUUCCUAGAUACGUAUACUACUCUUAUGAAUUGUAUCUCUCAAUAGUGCUCUCUCGUUCAAAUCGUUUGGCGCAGCGAGCCCUCUGCGCGUUAAUACUAUAGCGCCGUUUUUAUUGUAUAAGAUCGAACGUGCGACAGUGUAGAUGAAAUGGAAUGAGUAUCGAUACUUAUUUUUGAAACGUUUACCGUGUAUUGUUUGAGGGAUGUUUGAACGCGAUGUCGCGUGUAAUGACCGUUGAAAACGUUGAUCGGCUAGGCGUUUGAUAUUCAAAACGCUGUCCGACCUUUACGAGGAACUAGUACAAUUACGUAAAUACAAAGAAAAAUAAAGUGUCUUUUGAGGCUAUAGGGAAGUAUUACCGUGAAACAAAACGUGUAUAGCCGGACAUUGAUGAAAUAUGAAGGAAGUAAAAAAAACAAAACAAAAAAAACGAAAAAAAAAAGAGAAAAGAAAAGAUGUUAGUUUUGUAAUGGUUUUUUUAGUCAUCUUAGCACAGGCGGAAUCUGUUCGAGCGGGGCUGUAGAGAAUCGGCCGGACUAAAUCGUUUCGUCGCAAUUGGCCACGUUAUACCCCUUUGGGCGCGACAAUCUGACCAAAAAAUAAACCUUUAGACUUUCGACUGGACUAUCUCACAAUCAGUCUACCGGGAACGGUCCGUAAAAGCGCGUGCGAUCGUCUAAUUUCUCAUAAACACCGAAUCCUACCUAACUUCCGGUUUCAUUGUUACGUGUUAAUAAAGUUCAGUAAACCCUGUCAGAAA